CAGAUAAAGAUAAACCCCUCUGCUUAACUGUCAAACGUUCGCCUUCCCAAUUCAGUGUUCCAGCUGCUAGUCCGUAGCUACGACCAUGGCAGAUUUGAAGCUCUGGUACACUUCAUCUCUCUUGUCUUGCACUCUAUCUAAAACUCCCUCUGUCCUCUAUCCGCUCACCGCUACUCCUUUAAUUUCUUCCUCUUUCCCUGUUCUACGUACUCUUUCGUCCUUGGACUUAUCCGGCUUCUACAAAUCUUCUUCAUUCUCAUCACGAACGGCUUGCAACUGCACUUCGGCCACUGGCGAUUCUGGAUUCUCUGAAAAAUAUGGAGACGCCGAAGGAGAGGAUUCGGAAGUGUUCGAUGACGAAUUUGAAGAUGAGGAUUACUCCAUUGAUGUGGAGGCUUUCGAAGAAGAAGCCAAGGACGUUCUUCGAGAGUAUUCUAGCUCUUUAUCCCGCGAACUAAGACUCGAAGAUGAAAUGAAUGAUCAACCAGAAACUGGUCGGAAGAAGAAGAGGCGUAAGACUGCACCUAGAAAUAUCCCAGACCAUCUACUUCCAAGAGUCGCAAUUGUUGGAAGGCCAAAUGUUGGUAAAUCUGCAUUGUUUAAUAGACUUGUUGGGGGGAACAGGGCUAUUGUGGUGGACGAACCUGGUGUUACUAGGGAUCGGUUAUAUGGUAGAUCCUUUUGGGGGGACUAUGAAUUUAUGGUGGUGGAUACAGGAGGGGUUAUUUCGGUUUCAAAAUCACAAAAUGAUGUGAUGGAGGAAUUGGCUAUCUCGACAACCAUAGGCAUGGAUGGCAUUCCCCUUGCUUCCAGGGAAGCAGCUGUUGCGAGGAUGCCGUCAAUGAUCGAGAAACAAGCUACAGCAGCUGUGGAAGAAUCAUCUGUCGUUAUAUUCCUUGUUGAUGGCCAGGCAGGUUUAACUGCAGCUGACGAAGAAAUUGCUGAUUGGCUUCGUAGAAACUACUCAGAUAAAUAUAUAAUUCUUGCUGUUAACAAGUGUGAGUCUCCACGUAAAGGAAUGAUGCAAGCAUCAGAAUUUUGGUCUUUGGGGUUUACACCUCUUCCUGUAUCUGCUCUAUCUGGAACUGGAACUGGAGAGCUUCUUGAUCUUGUUUGUUCAGGGCUGCAAAAACUGGAGGGUCUUGAGGAUGUUCAUGAAGAAGAAAAUUACAUUCCAGCUAUAGCAAUUGUUGGUCGACCUAAUGUUGGUAAAAGUAGUAUUUUGAACGCUUUGGUCAAAGAAGACAGAACAAUUGUCAGCCCAAUCAGUGGAACUACCCGUGAUGCUAUUGAUACUGAAUUUACAGGACAAGAUGGUCAGAAGUUCCGACUAAUUGAUACUGCUGGAAUUAGAAAAAGGGCUGCUGUAUCAUCAUCAGGUAGCAUGACUGAGUCUCUAUCCGUCAAUCGAGCAUUUCGUGCCAUUCAACGUUCUGAUGUAGUGGCUCUUGUCAUUGAAGCCAUGGCUUGUAUCACUGAACAGGAUUGCAAAAUUGCCGAAAGGAUUGAGAGAGAAGGAAAAGGUUGCCUGAUAGUUGUCAACAAGUGGGAUACUAUACCAAAUAAAAACCAACAGACUGCAAUGUAUUACGAGCAAGAUGUAAGGGAAAAGCUACGUUGUCUUGAUUGGGCACCCAUUGUUUACUCUACUGCAAUUACCGGUCAAAGUGUCGAUACGAUUAUAACUGCUGCUAGUGCAGUUGAAAAGGAAAGAUCUAGAAGGCUUACUACUUCCAUACUAAAUCAAGUAGUACAGGAAGCAUUAGCUUUUAAGUCGCCCCCAAGAACAAGGGGGGGCAAGAGAGGACGUGUUUACUACUGCACUCAGGCUGCUAUAAGGCCACCCACGUUUGUUUUCUUUGUAAAUGAUGCAAAGCUUUUCCCUGAGACAUAUCGGCGGUAUAUGGAAAAGCAACUACGGUCAGAUGCAGGUUUUCCCGGCACACCAAUUCGGCUUCUUUGGCGAAGUAGAAGAAAAAUGGAAAAAGGCGAAGGUAAAGCUAUGAAAAAGGCACAGAUGAAUCUAGAGCAACGAAAUAGAGAAGUUUCCUUGGCUGUGUGAUAGAGAAAUUUUAGUUCCCCCUUGCAAGAGUGACCUUGGAGUUGGAUGUAGCUUUCUUUCAGAAAGAGCCGUGUUCUGUUUGGGUAAUUAUUUAAUGAAAGGAUGUGAUCAAACAUACAAAGCAAUAAAAUAGCUGAAUAGUCGCUGUGUAGAUUGUGAAAACCUGGAAGGAACAAACAAUUCAAUCGUGGUUGUUGAGGAACAGGCAGUUCAAGUCGCUAAUUUCCAGCUACCUGAAAAGAUAAGCCAUUAAUUUUUCUCUAAAACUUAUAUGAUACAAUUUUAUCUUGAUUUUAAAGUUCUGUUUCUAUUAAUCAGUUCAUGAUUGAAGUAAGAUUUCUUUAUUACCGGUAAGAUUUGUUUGCUCAUUAAUGAACUGCAAUGAUGGAUAUAUGGAUGGAUGCAAAUUACUUUCUCA